AUGUCUAUUGACUUUCCAAAGGAAGAGGAGAUCGUCCUCGAGAAAUGGAAAGAGAUUAACGCUUUCCACCGUCAGCUUGAGCUGACAGCUACUCUCCCGCGAUACACAUUCUACGAUGGACCUCCGUUCGCGACAGGCUUGCCUCACUAUGGCCAUCUCCUUGCAUCCACUAUCAAGGAUAUCAUCCCUCGUUAUUGGGCAAUGAAGGGAUAUCAUGUCGAGCGUCGCUUUGGAUGGGAUACCCACGGCCUCCCCAUCGAACACGAGAUCGACAAGAAGUUGGGCAUCUCUGGUAAAGCCGCAGUCACUGAGCUUGGAAUUGGCAAGUACAACGAAGAAUGCAGAGCAAUUGUCAUGCGCUAUGCCUCUGAGUGGAGGGCUACCAUUGAGCGAUUGGGACGUUGGAUCGACUUUGACAACGACUACAAGACCAUGGACCCUACAUUCAUGGAGACACUUUGGUGGGUUUUCAAGCAGCUCUUCGACAAAGGAAGCGUGUACCAAGGCUAUCGAGUCAUGCCGUACUCGACGGUACUUACGACCGCACUGAGCAAUUUUGAGGCGAAUCAAAACUACCAGGAUGUGACAGAUCCGGCGGUUGUUGUGUCUUUUCCCCUCCUCGAUGACCCGAACGUCAACCUUCUGGCCUGGACUACCACGCCAUGGACACUGCCUUCACAUACCGGCCUGGCAGCGCACCCCGACUUCGAGUAUAUCAAGAUUCAAGAUGGAAAGUCUGGAAAGAUGUAUAUUCUUCUGGAGAAACUCUUGACUACGCUCUACAAGGACCCCAAAAAAGCAGACUUCAAAAUCAUCGCAAGGAUCAAGGGCAAAGACAUGCUAGGCUGGAGAUAUGAGCCCUUAUUUGACUACUUCUAUGAAGAAUUCAAGGAUAAGGGUUUCUGUGUGCUGAAUGCUACUUACGUUACUGCCGAUAGCGGUGUUGGUAUUGUCCAUCAGGCGCCUGCGUAUGGCGAGGAUGAUUACAACAUUGCACUCGAGGCCGGCAUCAUUUCUGAGAAGCGUCCACCGCCAGACCCAAUCAAUGACACGGCUCAUUUCACUGAACGUGUAAGAGAUUUCGCGGGAAUGCAUGUCAAGGAGGCGGACAAGCACAUCAUCAAGUAUCUCAAAAACUCUGGCCGCUUAGUUGUGGAGUCUCAGAUCAGGCACUCUUACCCCAUGUGCCCUCGAUCGGACACGCCGCUCAUUUACAGAGCAGUGCCGUCAUGGUUUAUUCGCAUCCCCGAAAUCGUCCCAGACAUGCUCAAAAAUAUUGAGGGCUCGCACUGGGUCCCUAGCUUUGUCAAAGAGAAGCGCUUUGCCAGCUGGAUUGCGAAUGCUCGCGAUUGGAACGUCGGCAGAAACCGCUAUUGGGGAACUCCUAUCCCUCUGUGGGUAAGCGACGAUCUCGAAGAACGAGUGUGUAUCGGAAGUGUGGAAGAGCUGCGCAAGCUCAGUGGGCAUGAAGACGAAAUUACCGACCUGCACCGCGACAAGAUUGAUCACAUUACUAUACCCAGCAAGAUGGGCAAGGGAGUACUGAGACGCGUUGACGAAGUAUUUGAUUGCUGGUUUGAAUCUGGCAGCAUGCCUUAUGCCAGCCAACACUAUCCAUUCGAGAAUGUGGAAAAAUUCAAUGCAUCUUUCCCUGGCGACUUCAUUGCUGAGGGCUUGGAUCAGACGCGUGGGUGGUUCUACACGCUACUGGUCUUGGGCACGCAUCUCUUCGGCAAAUCUCCUUUCCAGAACUGCGUGGUAAACGGAAUCGUGCUGGCUGAGGAUGGAAAGAAAAUGUCGAAGCGCCUGAAGAAUUAUCCCGAUCCAGCGAUUGUCAUGCAAAAGUAUGGCUCAGACGCGCUGCGCCUGUACCUAAUCAACUCCCCCGUUGUCAGAGCCGAACCUCUUCGUUUCAAGGAGUCAGGUGUGAAAGAAGUCGUUCAAAAGGUACUACUGCCCCUUUGGAACAGCUACAAGUUCUUCGAGGGCCAAGUUGCUCUGCUCAAGAAGGUGGAAGGGGUUGAUUACAUGUGGAACCCUGACUUGGAGAGCACAAAUACCAACGUCAUGGACCGCUGGAUUUUGGCAAGCUGCCAGAGUCUUCUUGAAUUUGUAAACAAGGAAAUGACAGGGUACCGUCUGUAUACCGUGGUCCCGCGCUUGCUGGAACUCAUUGACAACACCACCAACUGGUAUAUUCGCUUCAAUCGUCGCCGUCUCAAGGGUGAAAACGGCCUUGAUGACACGCAGCAUGCCCUCAAUGCGCUUUUUGAAGUGCUCUUUACACUUUGCCGAGGCCUGGCACCUUUCACGCCAUUUUUGACUGACAACAUCUACUCCCGCCUCUUGCCUCAUAUCCCGAAAAGCCUACAGGCAGAGGAUCCUCGAAGCGUUCAUUUCCUUCGAUUCCCGGACGUUAGAAGCGAAUUAUUUGACUCUGCUGUGGAACGUCGCGUCUCGAGAAUGCAAAGAGUUAUUGAGCUUGCUCGUGUCUCCAGAGAACGACGCAGCAUCGGAUUGAAAACACCGCUGAAGACACUGGUUGUCCUCCAUCACGAUCAGCAGUAUCUCGACGACGUCAAGUCUCUAGAAAAUUACAUCACCGAAGAGCUUAAUGUCCGGGAUCUCGUGCUUACGAGCGAUGAGGACAAAUAUGGGGUUCAGUAUAGUGUCACAGCUGACUGGCCCAUCCUCGGAAAGAAGCUCAAAAAGGAUAUGGCCCGAGUGAAGAAGGCGCUUCCUUCCCUGACAAGUGAACAAUGCCAGGGAUACGUACGCGAUAAGCAGAUACUGGUUGAUGGAAUCAAACUCGAAGAAGGCGAUCUAGUUGUCAGACGAGGUGUCAAAGAGGACGAGACAUCCAAGACGUGGGAAACUAACACGGAUAGCGAUGUGCUUACCCUAUUGGAUGUCCAUAUCUACCAGGGUUUGGCACAAGAAGGUCUUGCGCGAGAAGUUAUCAAUCGAGUUCAGAAGCUCCGCAAGAAAGCAGGCUUGCAGCAGACUGACGACGUCAAGAUGGAGUAUCGAAUGCUUUCUGACCCAGAGUCGAUUGGCUUGGAAGACGUUCUCGGCACCCAAUCCGCUGCUUUUGAGAAGGUUCUGCGUAGACCACUCGACAAGCAUGAAGAUGGAGUCACGGGCGAGGUCAUCGCCGAAGAGGAACAGGAGAUUCAAAGGGCAACUUGGAUGUUGAGAUUGCUCAAGCUGUAG